AGCAACCCGUCCUCCUCCUCCUGCCAGAGCAUCUCCUGUUGCUUAUAAGGAGCACGUCUCCUCACCGGCCAUUCUUCUUCCAUUCUUCUUCCAACUACACAUCAACUCCCCAGCAUUCAGAAACUCAUAUCCAGCUACCAUCCAGACACUCAUACCGCACUUCAAAUCACUAAUCACUCAAGAUGUCCGACACUGUGCCCAACCACGUUGAGAAAGCUGAAGAGAAUGUCACCCCUCAAUGCCAGAAGCCGUUCGGCGAUGCUGCCAAGGAGAAUGUCACCGUUGUUGCGGAUGAUGCAGCUGGCGCUGUGGAGCCUAAAGUUCAGAAAUCUCCAGCUGAGAAGCUUGUCGACGCCAGCGCAUCUAAAGUAGAAUGCCAGACAUUUAUCUCUGAGGCCCUCGUCGACAGUCCAUCGGAAUUGGAAAGCCAGAAUCCUGCCUCUGAGAAGGUCGUCGACGCUGGUGCAUCCAAGGUGGAAGAUCAGAAACCAAUUUCUAUGAGCCUCCUUGACGGUUCCUCGGAAUUGGAAAGCCAGACUACUGCCUCUGGGGAGGUCGUCGACGCCGGUGCAUCCAAGGUGGAAGAUCAGAAACCUUCUUCUGAGAAGCUCGUCGACACUGCUGCAUCCAAAGUGGAAGAUGAGAAACCUAUCUGGAUGAGCCUCCUUGACGGUUCAUCCGAAUUGGAAAGCCAGAAACCCGCCUCUGAGAAGCUCGUCGAGACUGGUGCAUCCAAAGUGGAAGAUCAGAAGCUUCCUUCCGAGAAGCCCAUCGACAGCAAGCAGUCCAAAGUGGACGAUGCUCAGGUUGAGGAUGCUUUCAACCUUGACUCUGUCAAGAAGACUGCCAGCAACAUUGCUGAUACACUCUCCACUGCCAUCGUUAAUUCUACCGAUUGCAUUGACAGUAAGACCGAAGACGUUACCAAGCCCUAAAUCUACGGCAUCUCCUCGAUCCUUGUAGAUAGAUGGAUGGGUAGGGUCCGGUCAUUGUCUGUUCAUUUGGCAGACUUAUUUUUUGGGUGGGUUUACUUUACAGAUAUCCCACG